UGUCCAAGACAAAGUGGCUGGCGAGAUCCAAACAUUUCUUUAUCUUGUAGCCGACCAAAAAAUAAUAUUGGUCACAAAGAUCUUCAAGAUAAUCGAUGUAAUAUUAAGUACAAAGGAACAUCUCAGAUUUAUUAACUGUUCAACACGGCGAAAGGUAAGUAAAUACGUAAUGACAUUACAUUAGACACUGUCGAUUGAUGGCAGUGUUGUAACCUUAAAUGUCGGUAGAUGAUUACAUUGCUUUAUAUAUAUAUAUAUAUAUGAAAUGGCGGUAGAUGAUUUAUUCAGUGUUAAUUUUUUAGGGUUUCCAAUUUUGAAAUCCUUUACAAAUCUCUUUAUAUGUUAUAUGUACCAGAUUUGUCUCAAUGUUUCCUCUCAGCUUGAUAUUUCAAAUCUUUCUCAUUUAUUUCACAGAUAAUCUUUUAGAAUCAGGCAAAAAAUGCUUCUACAAAAGACAAUAGCUUUAUUGACAUUUGCUGUUUUCUCCCAUCUGGUCAAGGGGGACAAUGCUAACGUGCUAGAAGUCGUCCACGAAUGGAUUAAGAUAGAAUAUGACUGGCCGUCAGACCAGGUCAAGGACAACUACACAAGGCGAGGCUUGUACGCGCCAGAAAAAAGCCACCUGUCUGGUAUUGACAUCUACAACGGUGACAUCUACGUCACAGCUCUCCGAAUGACGCCGGAAGUUCCGUCAGGUCUGAACAAAAUCGUCGUGAAAAAUGGCCGCCCCUUGCUGCAGCCCUUCCCGAGUCUCGAGGCCAACGAGCUCGGCAACUGCGCCAGCAUUCAGUCCCCUUUCUCCACCAUGACGGACCCCAACACCGGCCUCAUGUACGUGGUGGACGUCGGUCGGACGUGGAGAGGCCCUCCCAACUCUUUCGCGCCGUGCCCGCCGAAGCUGAUGGUGUACGAUCUGAAAAACAACGCGACCCUGAUACGAAGUCAUCCCCUCCCGGAGAGUCUCGCCCCGAAAAGCACCAGCAUUCUGAACGACCUCGUCCUGGACUACGUCACGAGGCAGGGUCAAGAGGUCAAGUACGUUUACAUAACAGACAUCGGCGGCGCCAAAAUCAUCGCGUUCGACCUCCAGACCAACAGAUCAUGGGCGUUUCAACACCCGUCCAUGCAGACCGACGAAGACCAGGUCAUCGACUUCAACGGCGUCAACAACACGGAGUUGGGCUACCCGGUGGAUGGCAUCGCCAUGGAUUCGGACUUUCAGUACGUCUAUUACUGUGCCAUAGGCAGCCGAAAGUUGUACCAGAUUCCCACGUCCGUCCUGAGAGAUCCCAGCGGGGAUUUCGCGGGAAACGUGCGGCUCCUGGGGAAGAAGGUCUCGAACUCGGAUGGCCUGGCAUCAGGACAGGACAACAUCUACUACGGAGCACUGACGCUGAAUGCUGCAUACAGGUCAGUUGACGUCUGACAGUGACGCCGUGGUUAAUUUUAAAGUAAUUUUUUACAGUCGUUUUCAAAGUUUUUAAAAAUCUUACGAAACAAUAUAACUUUUUUUUUUUUAAGCUACGCGACACAAGGUCCAAAUUCUUUUUGAGACCAUGCCAUUUUGAUGAGAGAUUACAUCCAAGUAAUCUAUGUUCAACUGAUUUUUAGCUAAGAGUACAAAAAAAUACGUGUGAUGACUUUGAUAAUUUGUAUCAAUAAGUCAAUCUCAAUAUCUACAAAUAGACUUGUGUAUCUUGGCAGGGAAUCAUCGCGUCGCCACAAAUAGGUUUAAAACGUUGCCCUUUGUUUACAUUUGAAUACACCAAUUAUUUUGUUACAAAUACAGCUCAGCUUUGUGUGUAUAAAAAAAAAAACAACUUAACUAUUCCAUGGUUAAAAGAAAGCGUACAUCAUUAUGAUACAGAGACAGAGAAUCAUUUAAUUGUGCUCAUUCUUAUUGUUCGCAUACUUAUUGUUCUUAAUCGUAUUCCUCUCAUUCUUAUUUUUCUUAAUCUUAUUGUUCUCACAGUUAUGAUUCACGUUCUUAUUGUUCUCAAUCUUAUUGUUCCAAGGUGGGAGAAGGAGAAGGACAUCGCUGACCAGGGAGUACCUGAAGGUAGAGUGACGCUAGCCACACAGUCAGCGGUCGCUAAGGAUGACGUCAGACUCGUGUUUGUGGACAGUCUGAAGGUGGACACCGCCGGCUACCUGUGGUUCACGUCAAGCAGGGCUCAGAAAUUCUUCGACGGAACGAUGGACUUCACGGGGGCAAGCGGAAGCAACUACAGGAUAAAUCGGGUUUUUGUUGGUGACAAGAGUUACCUGUCCAUGGGCACUUCUGUCGUGGUUGGUUAAAAAAAAUAAUUUGCUUUUACAAAUAAUAGAAAAUAAAAAAUAAAAAAUCAUGUUUCAGUAAAAAAAUAUGUAUAUACUUCAUCAAUAAACCAAAUGAUCACAUCAGUA